UGUUAAUAUAGCUGAAUUUUCAUUAAAAAAAUUAUAUUUAAAAAGAAAGCAAAAGUAAUUAGCAUAUAUAUUUUUUUGUUUUUUUUAAAAUUAAAAAAAAAAAAACAAGGAUUUGUGAUCUCUCAAGUCAUUUUCUCUGCGUAUUUCUCUUCUCUCGUCUCCGGCGUUGACCUCAACUCGCCGCACAUCUGACCCUAACUCGCGGAAGCCAGAGGGCAGCUCCUCCUAUCUCGUGUGGAACUCAACUCGUCGCAGAUCUGAACCCUAAACCACUCACGCCAGAGGCAGAUUGACUGAAGUCUGUCCAGAUAGCCACCCUUGUGGAGAAUGAUCUGAAGUUGGUAUAGACAUAAAGAACUUGGUCUCCUAAAAUGGCGACCAACAUUACUAAUGGGGUAGGACACAUUUGUCCGGGUCCUAUGAAGGCUACUUCAAAUGGUGCAUUCCAGGGAGAUGAUCCUCUUCAUUUUGCCCUUCCUCUUGCUAUUUUACAGAUUUGUUUGGUGCUUGUUGUCACUCGACUUCUAGCAUUCCUUAUGAAGCCAUUAAGACAACCGCGUGUGAUUGCUGAGAUUAUUGGAGGAAUAUUACUGGGGCCAUCAGCUCUAGGAAGGAACCAAAUGUACAUUAGCAAGAUUUUUCCACCCAAAAGUCUUACUGUGUUAGAAACUCUAGCAAAUCUUGGUCUUCUGUUUUUCCUCUUCCUGGCAGGCCUAGAGUUAGAUCCUAAAUCCAUUCGUCGGACUGGGAAGAAAGCCCUGAUGAUUGCCAUGGCAGGAAUUAGCUUCCCAUUUGCAUUAGGAAUUGGUUCCUCUUUUGUACUCCGACAAACCAUAUCUAAAGAUGUAAAUAGUGCUGCAUUUCUAGUAUUCAUGGGAGUAGCCCUUUCAAUAACUGCCUUCCCUGUCUUAGCUCGUAUUCUAGCUGAGCUGAAACUCUUAACCACUGAUAUUGGUAGAAUGGCUAUGUCAGCUGCAGCAGUCAAUGAUGUAGCUGCAUGGAUUCUACUUGCUCUCGCCGUUGCUCUAUCUGGAACUGGUCAAUCUCCUCUUAUCUCAUUAUGGGUCUUUCUAUCUGGGUGCAUUUUUGUAAUUUGCUGUAUUCUCAUUGUCCCUCCAAUCUUCAAAUGGAUGGCUCUGAGAUGUCAUGAAGGUGAGCCGGUAGAUGAGGUGUACAUAUGUGCAACACUAGCUGCUGUCCUGGCUGCUGGAUUUGUUACCGAUACGAUAGGAAUUCAUGCCAUGUUCGGUGCCUUUGUCAUUGGAAUACUUGUCCCAAAGGAUGGUCCACUCGCAGGUGCUCUCGUGGAAAAAGUAGAGGAUCUUGUAUCUGGUCUCUUUCUACCUCUAUAUUUUGUUUCAAGUGGAUUAAAGACCAAUAUAGCCACCAUUCGGGGGCUCCAAUCAUGGGGUCUUUUUGUUCUAGUGACGGUAACAGCUUGUUUUGGGAAGAUAGUAGGCACUGUUUUGGUAUCCCUUUUCUGCAAAGUUCCUUUCCGUGAAGCUGUAACGCUCGGGUUCCUGAUGAACACUAAAGGGUUGGUGGAACUCAUUGUUCUCAACAUUGGUAAAGAUAGAAAUGUUUUGAAUGAUCAAACAUUUUCGAUCAUGGUACUUAUGGCUGUGUUUACUACAUUCAUCACCACACCUGUUGUCAUUGCAGUGUAUAAGCCAGCAAAAAGGGCAAUAUUAGCUAAUUACAAGUAUAGAACAGUUGAAAGGGAAAAUCCAGACACCCAACUUAGGAUCUUGGCUUGUUUCCACAGUACAAGAAACAUUGCAUCAUUGCUAAACCUGCUUGAAGCCUCAAGAGGAACCGAAAAACGAGAAAAACUAUCUGUUUACGCACUGCAUCUCAUGGAGCUUUCCGAGAGGUCAUCAGCUAUUCUAAUGGUACACAAGGCACGAAGAAACGGCUUGCCUUUUUGGCACAAGGGCCAUCGGUCAGACUCUAGCAAUAUUGUUGUGGCAUUUGAGACUUAUGGGCAACUAGGCCGAGUAUCCAUUAAGCCAAUGACAUCAAUCUCUUCAAUGUCCGAUAUGCAUGAGGAUGUCUGUUCCACAGCCGAGUCAAAAAGGGCUGCAAUCAUUAUCCUUCCAUUCCACAAGCACCAAAGAUUAGAUGGCUCAUUAGAAGUUACAAGAAGUGACUUCCGUUGGGUUAACAAAAGGGUACUUGAGCAUGCAACUUGCUCUGUUGGAAUCUUUGUUGACCGGGGACUUGGUGGGAAUAGCCAUGUUGCUGCAAGUAACGUGUCUUGUUUCGUUACAGUUCUCUUCUUCGGCGGUCAAGAUGACAGAGAGGCCCUUGCUUAUGGCUCCCGGAUGGCUGACCACCCCGGCAUUAGUCUAAUGGUCAUCCGAUUUCUAGUGGAACCCAACAUUGCUGGACACAAUACUAUUGUUAACGUGGAAAGUGGCUCAAGCACCACCAAUUCGAGUUCACUCGACAACGAUGUCUUGACCAACUUUAAGAAGACUAAGGCUAACAACAACACCAUCAAAUAUGAAGAGAAACCAGUUGAAAACAGUGAACAAGUUAUUUCUACCAUCCGCGAAAUCGGUAACUGCAAUCUAUUUUUGGUGGGUCGGAGUCCAGUUGGUGAAAUAGCCUUAGCUUUGAACAAGAGGAGUGAUUGCCCUGAAUUAGGACCUGUUGGUAGUCUCUUAACUUCACCAGAUUUCUCUACAGCAGCAUCAGUGUUGGUUGUACAACAGUACAAUGGUCAGGUACCCUUGGAUUUAGAUUCAAUAUCUGGGCAAGAUUUAACAGAUGGAGAAUGAAAAUCUCUACCUAUAUAACUCUUAACUUUCUUAGUUUCUUACUAAAUCUGGUCUAAUAACACAUAGCUAAACAUUUUCCAGCCAUGUUAACUUCUUCUGACACCACAUUUUUUGCUUCUUCAAAAUAAUGUCAUUUUCAGGUGGUUACUGGAA